AUGCCAUUUUCAUGCUUGCCUUUUUUUGCCUGCAACAGGCAGGUGGACAUGUUAGAUCGCCGACAAUGUAAUCUCCAAUCGAUACCGCAUGAUAUUGAUCGUAAUGCGCGAACACUGGAAGAAAUGUACUUGGAUUGCAAUCAUAUCAAAGAUCUGGAUAAGCCACUAUUUCGGUGCCGAAAAUUAAAAAUUCUAAGUUUGAGUGAAAAUGAGGUUAUUCGUUUGCCUUCCGACAUUGCUCAUCUUACUUAUCUCGAGGAGCUCAAUCUUAAAGGGAACGAUGUUUCGGAUCUUCCGGAAGAAAUAAAAAAUUGUAUUCAGUUGAAGAUUCUUGAUCUUAGCUCAAAUCCUAUUACAAGGCUGCCACAGACAAUAACUCAAUUAACAUCUAUGACAAGCCUUGGUUUAAAUGACAUUUCACUUACUCAAAUGCCCCACGAUAUUGGUCAUUUGCGAAAUUUGCGAUCUCUCGAAGUUCGCGAAAAUUUACUGCGAACAGUACCUCCAUCAAUAAGCGAAUUAAACCAGCUGCGAAGACUAGAUCUUGGCCAUAAUGAACUUGAUGAUUUGCCAAACGAAAUAGGUAUGUUGGAGAAUUUGGAAGAAUUAUAUGUUGACCAGAAUGAUUUGGAAGCUCUUCCCGAGUCGAUUGUCCAAUGCCGUUCAUUGGAACAACUGGAUGUUUCCGAAAAUAAAUUAAUGGUAUUGCCGGAUGAGAUUGGAGAUUUGGAAAAGUUAGACGAUCUUACCGUUGCUCAGAAUUGUCUGCAAGUGCUGCCGAGUUCGAUUGGACGCUUGAAAAAACUGUCUAUACUGAAAGCAGAUCGUAAUGCAAUUACGCAGUUAACGCCAGCAAUUGGUAGCUGUCAUGCAUUAACAGAAAUUUAUUUAACUGAGAAUUUGCUCACAGAAAUUCCAAGUUCACUGGGUAAUUUGAAAAGCUUGCGGACGCUUAAUUUGGAUAAGAAUCAGUUAAAAGAACUUCCUCCUACUAUUGGUGGUUGUACAUCUUUAUCAGUUCUUUCACUUCGUGAUAAUUUAAUAGAACAACUACCACUUGAAAUUGGGCGGCUUGAAAACUUGCGAGUACUGGAUGUUUGCAACAAUCGUCUCAAUUAUUUACCGUUUACAGUAAAUGUUCUUUUCAAAUUGAGAGCUUUGUGGCUGUCUGAGAAUCAGUCACAAGCAAUGUUGAAAUUGCAAACGGAACAAGAUCCAAGGACAGGAAUCAAAGUUCUAACUUGUUAUCUCUUGCCGCAAAGCAAUUCUCAACUUGUAGAACAAGCUCCGCCAAGCCGUUCGUUUAUCGGUGGUCCAAAAGUACAUUUUGGUAGUGAUCUGGAAGAAACGCAUGAAGAUGAAGAAAAUGAAUUAGGACAGUUUUCGCGACAUGACACUCCUCAUCCAAAACCGCACUCCCAUGCACCAAAAUUCAAAAAGCAGUCUAUUGAUGGUCACAUCAUUCAUCAUGAUGAUGAUGUUAAUAGGGAACUUGAACCGUUUUUUUCAGGAUUUAUAGCGGUACGUUGCUUACAAGACCUAUCGGAGCAGUCCACAAAACCACCAACGCUGACGUUAAAUUCUGCUCGAAAGCGUGGUACUGAUGAAGGUUCACCUCGUGCUCUGUCUCCAACUGUACCCGCAGAUACCCAGAUUACUUCACUUCGAAGUGCACUAAAGCAUCCACCUGUACUUCCAUCAGCCAAUAAUUUUGAUCACAGUAUUGAACGCAUAGUAGAUCAACGACAAAAGUUAUCACCAGGUGUUGAAAUACUGAAUAUAAAAAUUCGUCGUGAUACAAAUGGAGGUCUCGGCUUGUCCAUUGCUGGUGGUUUGGAAUCAACACCUUACAAAGAUGAUGAUACUGGUUUAUUCGUUUCAAAACUUACUGAUGGUGGCCCGGCAAUGAUUGCGGGACUGCGAGUUGGUGACAAGCUACUUCGUGUUAAUAAAACUGAUGUAGUCAAUGUAGCGGUAACAUCAAUGCAGGAUGCUCGAGAUGUCGUAGAGUUGACAGUUUUGCGUGAUUCGCGUGAUACGCUGUCUUCCUGUAUUGCUGCCAGCGGUUACACUAUAUCUCCAGAUCAGAGUAUUGAUAAUUCAUUUGUUUCGGACUCAGUCGAGACGACAUCAUCAAUGACAAAGGAGACAAUUUCAACAACAGUUCGCAGGGAUGUGAAUGGUUCGCCAGGAUUCAGUGUUGCAGGUGGUACAGGUGAUGUAAUUGUGAUAUCAUGUAUCGCUUCUGGUGGUGCGGCUGAAAGAGAUGGCAAGUUGCGCGUUGGUGAUCGUGUACUUUCGAUAAAUGGCACAAAUAUGAAAGGUGCACGACAUGACCAAGCAGUAGCAUUACUAACUGGGCAUAGUGGGAGUGAUAUUUACCUGGUGGUGCAGCGAGAUCGUGCAAAUCAAGCCGUUACCAUACCUCCUUCUUCACCGAGUUUGUCUUCAAAAACACUCGCAGUUGAACGGAUAUCGCCACUAAGGAAAGGUGGUUUCGGUGAUCCUUCUUGGGAUGGUAAAACUGAAGAAGUAGAACUUGUGCGUGAUAACCACUCGCUGGGCUUAUCAAUUGUUGGUGGUAGUGAUCAUUCUUCGCAUCCAUUUGGUGUCAACGCACCUGGCGUAUUUAUUUCAAAGAUAACACCUAAUUCACCAGCAGGUCGUUCACAGAGACUACGUAUUGGAGACAGAAUAUUAUCGGUGAACAAUAUCAAUAUCCGUACAGCGAAGCAUCAAACAGCAGUUGAGGCCUUGAAGCAAAAUGAUAGAACAGUACGUUUGUUAGUCAUUCAUGAACCACAACCACCAGGCUUAAGGCAAGUAACAAUCAAGCGAAACGUUGGCGAAGCACUAGGAUUAAAUAUUUGUGGAGGUAUCGGUAGUCCACCUGCCAAUCCUCUUGACAAAUCGGAUGAAGGCAUCUUCAUCGAAAAGGUCGAACGAAAUGGUCCUGCAGCUAUUUCAUCGUUGUCGGUAGGAACUCGAAUUCUGGAGGUUAACGAUGAGUCUCUCUUGGGAUGCUCACAGGAAGAGGCAGCUCGUAUUUUACGUCAGUCUGGCACAACUGUACGGCUACUAGUCUGUGAUGCUUUUUGUAUACCUUCUACUGCUGUGUCUUCCACGUUUGUGAGUCAAGUUAAUAGUGAUACCCCUAUUGUAUCCAGCGAACGUCAGACUACUGUUUCCAGCACCCUUUUAAAUACUGAUGUUCAAGAAUCAUUAAGUGGCUCUUCGUCACAGCAAUUCAAGCAGUCUUCAUCACCGGACACUGGAGUUUCCGAAACAAUCAGAACACUGGCUUCCAUUUCGACUGAUAGUCCCUUGGCCACUUCUUCUCCAAUUCCGCCUUCUUUAUCUUCUGUUGUGGCAUAUUCAUCAACUUCGAGUUUACCGCAACCUUUAUCUCCGUUUUCAUCAUCAAAUACAACUACUUUUUCUACGUCAAACCUUCAUCCAGCAGUUCCUCCUCCGAUCGCACCAAAGCCGAAAAUCAUUCCAGAUCAGAAUGGGAAUGCAGUUGGUGCAUCUUCACCGCUUAUUUCUUUUGGUGAACAAUUUGAAAAGCAAAAAGAACGCACAGUUUCGUCAGCGCAGUCCUCAUCUCCAUCCACGUCGUCCUGGUCGUCGACUCCGAAUCCCGAACGGUUGGCAUUUUCAUCGAAAUUAGAAAAAUUCGAGCGCGAAAUUGAAAUUAAAAGGCCAGAUGCUAACCCCACGACAAAAUCUACCCUUCCUCCCGGUUAG